UUUGUGUUUAUUCUCCUACAUUAUUGCCAGUUUCUGGGGUCUACAAGCUCGGAAGCCUCUCUCAUAGCAGGAAGUAUAUAUAUUCACCUGCUUGUUCAGCCCCAGCUACGUUCCUACCUGACGACAGGGAAAGGGAUUCAACCGAUUGGCCACCAUACAUCAUGUGACCGGCAGCAUUUGCGUCAUUGGACGCUUACAGCGCGUGCAGAGAGGCACACAACUUACGGCACUCCGCGGACAGGUUCCAACCAGUGGAGGAGCAUUGGGUACUGCCUUGUAACACACGGAGCCUGAGGGACAAGAACAACACAGCACCCCAUACAUUGCAUUUACCUUUUUAUAACUAGUUGACUAUCCUAAUGAAGCAAGAAGACACCAAUGCGAGGAUCCGUUGGGAACCAGGUUCUGAAUAUUUAGAAUCUAUUGGAAAAAAUAAAGCUUUGAGCUCGCAAAACACCUCCACCUUAUUCCAUGUGACACUGACCAUGAUGGCCCUCCUUGUGAUCAAAUUGCUCAUCGUCCUUGUGUUCAUGGCUAUAAUGAAUAAUUUGACAUUUUCUAACUGUCAAAAAAACAAGGUUGAUAAAAGAGAUAUUAACUCUACUUUGUCAAUUCUGCAAAGAAAAUCUGAGGACCUUCAAAGCAAGUAUUCCAAAUUAGAGAGAUGGGCCAAAAGAAUAAACCAAUCAUGUGAUCAGUUUUGGAUUUCAAAGGAUAAUUUGACAUUUUCUAACUUUCAAAAAUGCAUGGCUGAUAAAAGAGAUAUUAACUCUACUUUGUCAAUUCUGCAAAGAAAAUCUGAGGACCUUCAAAGCAAGUAUUCCAAAUUAGAGAGAUGGGCCAAAAGAAUAUUCCAAUCAUGUGAUCAGUUUGGGAUUUCAAAGGGAGGAAAUUAUCACAUUUGUCCAGCGGGGUGGUUGAUGAAAGAUGCAAGCUGUUACUUUGUCUCCAGUCAAAAGAUGUCAUGGAAUAGCGCCCAGGAGGACUGUAUAUCUAGGCAGUCUAAUCUGCUUGUAAUUAACAGUGAAUCUGAGCAGAUAUUUAUGUCCAAUACUCUCAGCUCUGAAAAUUUCUGGAUGGGGCUAAAUGACAUAGCCUCUGAAUCUAACUUCAUGUGGGUGGAUGGAAGCCCUUUGGAUUCAAGUAUACAGUUUUGGGCAUACAAGCAACCAGAUAAUUAUAAGGAUGCAGAAGACUGUGCGACACUGUGGCUUUCAGACAAUUCGAAAAAUGUAUACAGUAACUGGAAUGAUUUAAUUUGUAAUACGCAUAUAAAAUACAUAUGUGAGAAGGAAGCCUACAAUCUACUGUCUAUAAUGGGUUGUGGGAGUUUGCCACUUUAGACAUUCUUUUACUGAUGCAUGAAUAUCAACAUUCUCAAACCAAAUAAGUGCAUGUGCUUUAAGCUAUGUCUAAUGACAUUUAUAUAUGGUAGCUGUGAAUUUUACACUCAGAUUACUUUUUGUCUAUCAUAAAUAAAGUAACAGUUUUAACUACUACCAAA